AAAUAAAUGCGUCGCGUCGAUGUGUUAUUUCUUGGUGCUAUGAAUUAUAAAAAUAUCCUAUUAUUUUUAAACGUAUUUACACGCGCGACCACAUUUCGCUCGCGCUUAUAUAUCUUCCGUCUUAUAAACUAACUGUUGCAAUUUCAUUUAUAUUUCUAAAAGACGAACAAUAUAUAAAAUGGUUUUUAAUUGAACGAAUCGCUUGAGAUUAGACGAGAAACAACGAAGUGUAUCCAUAAAAAUUGAUAAUGUGCAAAGUUCCUGAAUGUGAAGAUAUAUGAAUUGUACAUAGAAACUUCAUUGACGACGAAUCAAAGUGAAUUUAUUAUUGUGCCAUCAUGUAUAGACGCGUUCUGUUGCUCGAAAGUGCGAUGCUCCAAACAAGAAAUAGUCUUAGUAAACAAUGCGUAGACAGAAUGUAUAUGAUCGAGACUGCGAGAACAAAAGAGUACGAGGGCCGUAAAUUGAUAGGGUUUUCGAUGGAACAGAUAUUCGACGUCGUAGCCGACGUGAGAAACUAUAGACAAUUCGUACCAUUUUGCAAAAAAUCCGACGUAAUAUUAAAAACCGAUGAUAUGCUCAAAGCCAAUUUGGUCAUAGGGUUCCCGCCGAUAAACGAGAGUUACACGUCGAAGGUGACGACCGUGCGACCGCACAUGGUAAAAGCCGAGUGCACCGAUGGCAGGCUAUUCAAUCAUUUGAACACUUUAUGGCUUUUCAGUCCGGGAUUAAAAAAUAAUCCGCAGACCUGCGUUAUCGAUUUCUCUUUGUCCUUCGAAUUCAAGUCGAUCAUUCAUUCGCACUUGUCGAAUUUGUUCUUCAAUGAGAUCGUCAGGCAGAUGGAGAACGCGUUUCUCGACGAAGCCAAUCGUAGAUACGGGAGACCGUGUAUAAAGACAGUGCGAUUAGAGAGAUGAUGUAUAACAGAUACAUUGAUCGAUUGUAUAAAUUAUGAAUAAAAUCGAGCGUCCACCGA